AUCUUAUGUAACUGGGAUACCCUCUUUGAGAAGAGACAGGAAGGCUUAAAAAGGACAUGAGCCUUCGCCCUCGCCGUUGUCUACUCCAGUCGCCGAGAACAACAUGAAGACACUGCCGCUCCUCCUUCUGCUAGCGGUCGCCUGCGCAUCGACGAGUGGCUGGAGCAUCAUUUGCUCACCAUGCGACGAAUCAAGAUGUCCACCGUCGCCCGAUGAUUGCAAAUUCGGCGUUGUCAAGGAUGCAUGCAACUGUUGCGAUGUCUGCGGAAAGGGCCCUUACGAGGACUGCGAUCCGGAGAAUGCGUGCGGGCCUGGCUAUUACUGCCAACUGCACCCUAUCUCCUAUGGUAAUGGUGUCUGCAAGAGGAUACCGUCAAAAUGGGAUUGAUUCUUAGAUCAAGGUUUCAUGCCUAUUAUUAUCAGAAUUGUGAUGUCAUUGUCAGAUUUGUAAGUCUAUGUUACUAAUCAAUAAAUAUACUAAUUAA